UGUUAAUAUUUCUGCUCAUGGUAAUUCAGUCGAUGUUAUGUUGGCUUAUGCAUGGUAGUGGAAUGAAUGCUUUGUCUAAAUAGGCUGAUGUUCUUUUUGAAAACACUCUGAGGAGUUAUAAAAUUCUUAUUUCUUGUCCUGGUGAACCAAUCAAUCUGUGCUUUUAGGUCACAUAGGCAGGAGUCAGCAUUGGUUCCAGUCAACAUGAAAUGCAACCAAGAGAAAGUUGCAAUCAACCAUGGUUAGCAUAAGGAGACGCAGAUAUCUGGGGCUCUGCACUGGGAAAGGUUCCGUUCCAGUUGAGCUUCCCAAGCCUGCUGAAAAAGGCAAUGCUGUGGAAUAUCCUAAUCAGAAUAUCAAGCCAUUCAGUGUGCAUCCUAUGCCUCCAGAUAAUUUAGGCUUUCAAAAGCCGGUUAAUAUUUCUGAGGCAUUCCCUGGAUCCUCAAAUGCAUCUGGUUCAAGCUCAUCAAAAGAGGAGGCAAAUCAUUAUUAUCCAGGUAAACAAAUCAAACGCAGGAAGCGGCACAGGAGAAAGCACUAUGAAGACCAAGAACCAUGCAUGAUGAGAGGUGUUUAUUUCAAGAAUAUGAAGUGGCAGGCAGCAAUAAAAGUUGACAAGAAGCAAAUCCACUUGGGCACUGUUGGAUCACAAGAAGAAGCAGCCCGACUGUAUGACAGGGCAGCUUUUAUGUGUGGGAGAGAACCCAACUUUGAACUCUUGGAGGAGGAGAAAAGAGAACUAAGCCAGUACAAUUGGGAUGAGUUCUUGGAGAUGACACGCAAUGCCAUCAACAACAAGAAACAUCAGAAAAGGCUUGGUGCAGGAAGACAAAAGAAGCCUGAGAGCCAGUUGCAGAGUAGUGAUGGGGAGCGUGAGAGAAGCAUCCAUGGUUCAUCAGUGUCUGACAAUGGAGAUGCUGAUACAUCCGUCUAGCAAUCAUCAGAGUGCAAGCAGGCCAAAGGCCGAUAUACAACUGACCCAUAUUUUUGCUAUAGGGGUUAGUCUAUAUCUACAUCAUAUAUAGGUAGUUUAUAGCUUAUAUUUCUCCAUUAAAUUGCUGGGUAUAAAGGUCCCUAUUAGGGCAAGCUGGUGAUGAUGAAACACAUUAAAUGCUGGUAAGAGAAUUCUGUUGCCAUUUUCAACUAGUCAAUAUAAGGCUGCAUUUAGAGCCCUUUACUCCUAAAGGUUGGGUUUUAUCCUUUUGCUUUGCUUGGUUUGUUUCUAUGUACAUAGAAUCUGGCUGCAGCCCUGGGGUGACUUCAACCCAGAAAUAAAAUUAAUUGAUUUCCAUGAAAGUUUAUUUUGA